AUGGACGACCUGUUCAGCCCGCGGAGGAGCUUGAACAGCACUCAAGGCGAGAUAAGAGUGGGACCAAGUCAUCAGGCAAAGCUUCCUGAGCUGCAGCCUCGUUCCAUGCCUGUUUCUCAGACUCCAGCACAGGGCGAGGAGCUCAUGUGGACGCCUGGUGUCAAUGAUUGCGACCUUCUCAUGUACCUGAGAGCUGCCAGGAGCAUGGCAGCAUUUGCGGGUAUGUGUGAUGGAGGAUCCACAGAAGACGGAUGUUUAGCAGCCUCUCGUGAUGAUACCACACUCAACGCCCUUAACAUGUUGCAUGCAAGUCAUUACAAUGCGGCAAAAGCUCUCCAGCGUCUGGUGAAGAAGCCUCUGCCAAGGCUCAUUGAGAAGUGCUGGUCAGAGGAUGAUGUGAAACGCUUCAUCAAAGGCCUGAGACAAUACGGAAAGAAUUUUUUUCGGAUUCGAAAAGACUUCUUGCCGAGCAAAAAGACUGGAGAGCUGAUCACGUUCUAUUACCACUGGAAAAAAACUCCUGAGGCUGCAGGAACGCGCGCUUAUCGUCAACAACGCCGGCAGCCGUCAUCUCGAAAAGCAAAGACUCGCUCUGUCGCUCCUCCCGUGAGCGCCCCGUCUCGAAAUUACUCUGUGGAUGCAAGUUCAGCCAGUGAGGAUGAACUUGACAGUGAAGAUAGCGAACAAGAUGUUAAGAGCUGCAGCCACUGCGGCACAACACGUUCUAAGGAUUGGCACCAAGGAGGAAGAUACAACCCUUUGCUAUGCACAACCUGUCGCACGUAUGAAAACAAGCACGGCUGUUUGCCAGCAACCCAGAAGUCUUCAGGGACGUCAUUCAUGUUUAAACCUGUGAAAGAGGAAGAGGAGGGGAACAGUAAACAUGGCAUGAGGACACGGAGAAGCAGAGCACCUCAGUUAUCUUCCUUAAGAAGUGGCCACAGGAGACUCACGGGUUCUCCCACGAGUGAGGAUCAGCACUCAACUACCCAGAAUUCCCAGACUGGGACUAGAGCUUCCACCACUGACAGUAAGAAUGACUCCACAAAGAAGAAUAACAAGAAAGUGAAAGAGGAAGCAGCUACACCAAAGACAAUGAAAAGGGUCAGGGAGAUUCCUCCUCAGGAGCCAAACGAGCCUGAAAAAGUCAAACCUAAAAGGCAGAAGACUCAGGAGCCACAAGAUUCCCGUUCUGAAGUGGAAGCCGAGGUUGAGGAAGAGAGCUCUUCGGAAAGCCGCAGUGCUCAGGACGACGGCAGCAGUGACACCAAAGACAUCGAUCAGGACAACCGCAGCUCCUCCCCGAGCAUUCCCAGCCCUCAGCAGGGCAACGAGAGCGAUUCGGACUCCUCCGCUCAACCGAGCGCCGUCGCCCCAGAGUCUGCGGCCCCACCGACCGCCCAGGCUGACGCGGCGCUUCCACAGGCACCUCCUGCUCAAGGCUCAGCUGUGGUGCCACCGCAAAGCACUCCCGCUCCUGGUCCUCCUCCUAGCCCGCCCCCUCCAUCUCCAGAGCCACCUCAACAAGCUGCUGCAGAGUCCGCUGCCAACUUAGGCCAGAGUGGCCGCCAGCCAGCCACCCCUCUUUCGCUCUCUGGUGUACCGCCGCUUCCACCCACUGUGGGGCAAGACUCUCCUCUCUCAUCUGCAUUUCAGGUGCCACCCGCUCUCAACUCAGUGCCAUCCCAGCUGCCACCAUCCCAGAGACCCCCACCCUUCUUUAGGGAAUCACAGCUGCCCCAGCCUCCUCUUACUGGCCCCCAAAUCAAGCCUCCUCCAACCACCCCAAUUCAACCUUCCCACAAACAGAUACCACACCAGCCUGCUCCACCCUUCCCCCAAAUGCCCUCCAAUCUUCCUCCUCCACCUGCUCUAAAGCCUCUGAACUCUCUGCCCAACCAGCAUCCUCCAGGCGCACCGCCUCCACCUCUCCAGCUCAUGCCUCAGCCUUUGCCCGUGCAGACGCUUUCUGGCCAGCUUCCAGUGAUUUCUCAGGCACACGCUAACCCUGGAAAGAGAUCAAGUUCCCCUCAUCCAUCCGGCGCAUCCUCACAGCAUGUCCCCUCCGCUACGUCAACCUCAAUUGGUCCCAUCGGCCCCCUCCCUGGUCUGCAGCCGUCUUUCCCACCUGUUGGGCAGAGACCAUCACCAAGCUCUACAGUGGGCGGGCCUCAAAUUCAAAUCAAAGAGGAGCCGAUGGAUGAGAUGGAGGAAGCUGAGAGCCCGCAAUCUCCACCCCGCAGCCCAUCACCCGAGCCGACUGUCAUCAACAUGGCGAGUCACGCCAGCCAGUCUGCACGGUUCAUCAAACACCUGGAUCGCGGCUACAACUCUUGCGCUCGGACGGACCUGUUUUUCACGCCACUUUCUUCCUCCAAGUUGGCCAAGAAAAGGGAGGAGGCUCUAGAGAAGUCUCGCAGGGAGGCUGAGCUCAGUGCUCGGCAAGAGCGAGAACGGGAGAAGGAUCGAGAGCGAGAGAGGGAGGCCGACAGAAAUGCUCGAGCUUCCAGUUCCUCCCACGACAGCCGCAUGAGCGAGGCUCACGUGGUUGCUCAUGGGCGCCCUGUGUACGAGCAGCCACCCACUACAGUUGCCGCCGUUCCCCCCUACAUUGGCCCCGAUACGCCUGCCCUCCGCACCCUGAGCGAAUACGCCCGACCCCACGUCAUGUCCCCCACCAACCGCAACCACCCUUUCUAUGUGUCUUUGAGUCCCGGGGACCCAAUGCUGGCAUACCACAUGCCUGGCCUCUACAGUGCCGAGCCCAGCUUGAGGGAGCGCGAACUUAGGAACCUCCGAGAGAGGGAGCUCCGUGAGAGGAUGAAGCCAGGAUUCGAGGUCAAACCCCCAGACUUGGAAACUUUACACCCCUCGGCCAACCCCAUGGAACACUACGUCAGGCACGGGGCCCUGGCUCUGCCGCACAUACCCGGACCGCCUCACCACUUUGCACCCUUUCAUCCCGGGCUCAACCACUUGGAACGGGAGCGGAUGGUUUUGGCCGGUACUCAGCUGCGCCCGGAGUUGAGCUACGCCGAGCGCCUCACUGCGGAGCGGCUGCAUGCUGAGAGGAUGGCCUCCGUGGCACCGGAUCCCGCGGCCAGGUUGCAGAUGCUCAACGUGACACCGCAUCAUCACCAGCACUCACACAUCCAUUCUCAUCUCCACCUGCACCAACAAGACCCCCUCGGUCAAGGUUCAAGCCCUCAUCCUCUGGUGGACCCACUGGCAAAUGGACCACGUCUGGCCCGCUUCCCUUUCCCUGGAGGCCCUAUCCCUAACCCCCUGCUGGCUGAUCUUCCACAUGACCAUGAGUUGCUACGCCACCCUUUGUUUGGGACCGCAUAUCCUCGAGAGCUACAGGGUCCUAUUCCUCAGAUGUCAGCAGCGCACCAGCUCCAGGCCAUGCAUGUUCAGUCUGCAGAAUUGCAGAGAAUGGCCAUGGAGCAGCAGUGGCUGCAUGGGCAUCACCUGCAUGGAGGCCCCCUGCCCAGCCAGGAAGAUUACUACAGUCGUCUGAAGAAAGAAGGUGACAAGCCAUCGUGA